UUCACUGAUUGGAGACCUAGCAUGAACAGCAAUAGAGCAUUGCACCAGAUUGUAUCGAGGCAGAUUGUGUCAGAAGACGAUGAGAUGUGCUUCUUUCUGUGCGGAGCACGAGUCAGAUUUUCCCCCACGGACUACGCAUUAGUGACUGGGCUCAAUUUCGGUCCAACGAUGUUCGAUGCGACAUUACAGCACGACUGCAGUCGCGUGGAGGCAUACCGACGAUUCUGCGGUGGGCGAACCAUGACCAUACAGGCGCUCAUUAAACGUGUGUGCAAUUUGGAUCGUCGAGUGGAUGAUGAGGAUGGGAGCCUGUACCUUCGUGUUGUCCUCGUGUGUGUGGCUCACACCAUUGUUCUUGGGUUGGAUACGCGGGUACAGCCGUGGCUUUGGGUGUUGGUGGAUGAUCUGGAUGCAUUUGAUAGAUUCCCCUGGGGUGCGUAUUCAUAUAAGAUGUUAUGCCAUUAUACGACAGAGAUAGGAACCGGCGAGAAGUAUCACUUCUACGGUCCUUCGUGGGCUUUAUAUGUCUGGGCAUUGGAGCGCGUCCCGGGCUUCAGACAGAUGGUGGCAGCAUCUAGUGGUGAUGCGACAGCGCACCCUCGAUGUUUGAGAUGGAAUUUCAGGGGUAAGCCCCGGCUUCACGGUUUGCGAGAUCUAUUUGAGGGACAGGGUGGUGUCCUGGGUCUGGACCCCGAUGAGCACGAUCUGGCGAGUAACUACUUCAUAUCAGCGCUGACACCGGGCGAACUCUCGGUGAGCUUUAAAUCCCCCGAUAACCCAUUAGCUCGGGGUGUCCAAUUUCCACAGCACACCAGAGCCCGUGUUGUGGAGGAGCGCGGGGACGAGGAGGAUGUACCUAGACAACCUCGUAUGACUCGCAGUCAGAGUGUUCAGGGCCUUGUGAGGGAUGCUCGACCCCAUGAGCCGGCUCGUCAUUCAGUAGAUCCGGGAAAGCGCCCAGUGCCGCAUACUUCUUCAUCGUCGAGCGGAUCUCGGCCUGUAUCCAGUCCCAGCGAGGGUGAGGUGGACCGUAAAUGGGUGACGAAGAUGAUCCGUCAGGAGAUGAAGUUCUUCGGCAAAUUCAUGGAUAAACUGAAGGGCAAGGGCAAAAAAGGAUAG